AUGCAUAAGCACUUCGAAGCCUGGCUGAAGAGAGAGGAGCGCAUCUCCUUCAGGCUCACUCAGGUGCUGACCGGACAUGGUUGCUUCGGUGAAUACCUAAAUAAGAUUGGGCGAGAGGUUGCGACAAAUUGCCACCACUGCGGAGGCAACUUGGAUUCCGCACAGCACACGCUCGAGGAGUGCCCAGCGUGGGCCUCUGCACGGCGGGUCCUAGUUGCCAGGAUCGGGCGAGACCUGUCUCUGCCAGCGGUAGUUAAGGCUAUGCUGGCAGAUACAAAAAAUUGGAGGGAAGUGGUCUCCUUUUGUGAGACUGUAAUGUCCCAAAAGGAGGCUGCUGAGCGGGAUCGUGAGAGGGCAGAUCCCCUCCCGUCGAAGGCGUCGAGGAAACAAACGCCGCGGCGCCUAGUAUGUUGA